CUGGUUUGAUUGACGGGUACUGUUAAACUGUUGAUGGCAUUAUCGGGAAGGCAACGAUUGGUCCUACCUGAAUUUCUAUAAACUGGAGCUUUCGAGAUGUUAGUGUUCAAUCGCAGCGGCAUCAAUUUCAUCAACUGCUUUUUUCCGUUGUGCGAAUGGCAUCCUUUAGAAUAACCAAAGUGGUUGGGGCUUGAUGCCCUUGCCUCCUAUUCCAAAGCAGGGAUUCAUCUUUUGUUCUUAUUAUCUCAAAAGCUGUUGAAAUUCUUAAUGUUUUGGAAGAGUUAUUAUAUUGACAAGGCCUCAGAAAUGGGAUGUUGUAGUUGUUUUGGAUUCAUUAGGAAGCCUGGAAGAUCACUGAGGCCUCCCGCUUGCUCAGGCAUUCGUUUCUCUCAACAGUUUUUGCUGGACGGAAAUCUGGAAGAUGGUUAUGCUAAUGGUUAUAUGUUCAAUGGUGAAUCAACAUACCUGUCACAUGGAGGUGAGGAUGAAUUGCCCUGUCAUAGUAAGCGUUCCGAAGAGAUUCUCUUGUUAAGACUCCAAAGUGGAAAGAUAUGCAGGGAGUUUCCCGUAAAGGAAACUCAUCAUCUUGUACGCACAGAGGAUGAGAAUGGGAAUAGGAUGAUUAAUGAGUAUGUCCGCGUAUGUAAGAUUGGUUCUGGAAGCUAUGGGAAAGUGGUUUUAUAUCAUAGCAAUGUUGAUGGUAAGAGUUAUGCUAUUAAGGCUUUUCACAAGUCUCAUUUGUCAAAGCUCCGGGUAGCACCAUCAGAAACUGCAAUGACCGAUGUUCUUCGGGAGGUUUCAAUCAUGAAAAUGUUGAAUCAUCCCAAUAUAGUCAAUCUUAUUGAGGUGAUUGAUGACCCAAACACAGAUCACUUCUACAUGGUUCUUGAAUACGUGGAAGGCAAGUGGGAGUGGGAGAGUUGCACCUUAGGGGAAAGUACUGCUCGAAAGUACUUGCGGGAUGUAGUUGCUGGGCUCAUGUAUCUGCACGAUCAUAAUAUUGUUCAUGGAGACAUCAAGCCUGAUAAUCUCUUGGUGACAAGUACUGGAACAGUGAAGAUAGGAGACUUUGGUGUCAGCCAAGUAUUUGAGGAUGAUAAUGAUGAGCUCCGACGGUCUCCUGGGACUCCCGUGUUCACUGCACCUGAGUGCUGUUUAGGUCUAACCUACCAUCAUGGUAAAGCGGCGGAUACAUGGGCCGUGGGUGUUACUUUGUACUGUAUGGUUCUGGGUCGAUACCCCUUUCUAGGAGAGACACUGCAGGAUACAUAUGACAAGAUUGUUAAUAAACCUUUAAUGAUCUCGGAGGGCAUCAACCCACAGCUAAGGAACUUACUGGAAGGACUUCUCUGCAAAGAUCCAAAACAGAGGCUUACUUUGGAUGCUGUUGCAAGACAUUCUUGGGUAGUUGGCGAUGAAGGCCCUAUCCCUCACUACCCUUGCUGGUGCAGGCGUGAGAGCUCUCAACAGGAAGAAUCUGGUGGUGGGGUAGACAAUGAAUAUAUAUGAUCAGCACUGACUGAAGUGUUAUAGUAGUGAGGUGUUUUUUUGUACAGUAAGGCGAGGAUAUUUACUUCGGGAAUUACUGUAAUUGGAAGGGGGGAACGAUUGAGAGUUCAGCUACACAUUUACUGAGAAACGAACAAGAGUAAAAGAUUGUCCGACUUUGAGUUACAAAAAAGAAGUGUCCCCUCAAUGCAAACGGUUUUCAUUUUCCGUUCU